AAUACUGGCCAAGACCAGCAGGCCAGUAUAAACACAACUAUUCACAGUGAAAAGACUGUUAUUCACAGCGAAAAGACUGUUAUUCACAGCGAAAACACUGUUAUUCACAGCGAAAACACUGUUAUUCACAGCGAAAACACUGUUAUUCACAGCGAAAACACUGUUAUUCACAGCGAAAACACUGUUAUUCACAGUCAUUGACUUUUUACGUUAUUUGCUACUUUCAUACGAUAGAAAAAAUAUGUUAAGGGAAAAGAAAAGGAGAGGAAUAAAGUGUGUGAACCA